ACAUUCCUUCGUCAUUCGCUAUUAUACCUGCUGCUGCUGUGCACACACCCCUGUCAAUCCACACCCUUCCGGCACUCCUCAACCUCCGCCUCACCACAUCCACCCGUCGCAUCAUACUCUCUCCUCCGACCAGUGCUCCGACACACGCAUGCACCACCGAAACCUUCCCGACCAUCCACACCCAUUCCUCUCAACCCCCGAGACUCCCCCACCGCCCCUACCAUCAUGUCCACAACCAACCCGCCUCAACUGUUUCUGCUAGCCGACCACAUCAAGCUCUCGCUGCUGGAGCGCCAACGCGCAAUCUCCCUCAACCUCCCCUCAACCUCCCAGGAUGCCCAGAUAUCCCGAUCCCUCGAGCAGCUCCGAUCCGGUAUCGAGUCGCUCGAGUCACAAACUGCAGAUGCCGACGACGAAUCAAUAUCCAGCCAGCUCCCCCGUCUCCGCACCCAACUCGCAGACCUGACCUCUCAAUUCUCAUCAUCCACAAACCCAGCCACCACAAGUACAGCAACAACAACCCCCAACGACCCAUCCCUCGCCCCCGACUUCUCCGCCGCAUCCUCCAAAAAACCCCGCCAGCCCUCCAAAUCCGUCCGCUUCACCGACUCCAACGAUGACGACCAAGCCCAAGACCCCAACCGCGCCGCCCUCUUCCCUUACCGCGACGACCCGGAUCCCGACGCUGCCCCCGACCACACCGCCCUCUCCAACCAGCAGAUCCACGACUACCACUCGCGCGUCAUGGAGGAGCAGGACGACCAGCUCAACGAGCUAGGCAUGUCCAUUGGCCGCCAGCGCGAGCUCAGCAUGCAGAUUGGCGACGAGCUCGAUGGCCAGGUUAUGCUGCUCGAUGAUGUCGAGGAGGGCGUCGAUCGCCAUACGGCGCAGUUUACCCGUGCCAGGGGCAGGCUGGAUCGGUUCAGUCGCAAGGCUAGGGAGAAUUGGAGCUUGACCGUCAUUGUCGUGUUGAUUGUUGUCUUGGUUUUGUUGAUUGUGAUUACCAAGUGA